UCAAGUUUUAUAAACACAGCACGUGAUGAAGUAAAAGGAAUCAUAUUAAGUCUUCAACCAAGUUAGACGAUGAAGGCCUUUGCAGUGCACAACGAUAAGCCUAUCGUGUGUGGUAUGCCUAAAAACAAUACUUGUCUGUUGAAAAGGCAUUAACUUCCCUCCAUCUGUUGCAUGCCUUUCUGUUUCCAGUAACGUGAUCACCAGCAAUAUAUAACGGUUCUUUUGUAAAGUUCCACGCCGCGUGUGCGAUAUCACACUCGAAACAGCAUCAGCGCGAUCAAAAGAAAGGUCACGUGACUUUGAAAAGUCCGGAAGUGCUUGGGAAAAAAUGGAAGAUUGCUAAAAAUCUUAAAAGUUUUGCCGUAUCUGCAGGCGACAACUUAUUGGUCGACUUCGGCGACUAGCAUCGAUCUGCAACUGAGGAUAAUUCCGCCUAACAUGCGAGAUCCCGGAUUCAUAUCGGAAGAGCUGACAACACGCAGAUUGGCAGAUGCCAGUUGGGGUUUCCCCUCCUAACUUUGACAGCGCGUGCGUUUUAUCCAGACCGACUGCGGUACACAGUGGAGGAAUUCUCGUCCGUAAUCGACUUUCCCAUAACGCAUUACGGCGUGCAGCGUUUGUAUUAAGAACCCAUCUCGCUCCAGCUCUAUUUUGCGAGUGCGACUUGUUUGUUGAUUUUAUCUCAAGAAAGGCUGAUGCGCCAAGUUUGCUAUGUAUCGUGUUUUAGACGAGCCGUCGGAGGCAGGUAAACUUUGUAACCCCAGAACUGCACCGCUCUCGCUCGGCGGCGGUACCGAGCAGGGUUCGGCCAUGGAAGUUUAAAUUCCGAUUAAUUUCGAACUGCACGAGCAACGAGUGACAUACUUGUUGCUAGUACUGUAUAAAUGAGUUCGGCAUUGUCGUGGGACGGGCUUUGAGUGUGAGGCCGAGAGAAUGCCGUCUAAAAAACAGUACGACUUGGUGUCUGACGAUGGGUACGAUAGCAGAAUUCCUCUCCAUAACGAGGAUGCGUUCGAACACGGGAUUCCCUUCCAGGCCAAGUAUAUUGGCACAUUGGAUGUACCGCGUCCCAGUAGCAGGGUGGAGAUCGUCGCGGCCAUGAGAAGGAUACGGUACGAGUUCAAAGCCAAAGCCAUCAAAAAGAAGAAAGUCAUUAUAACUGUCUCUGCAGAUGGGGUCAAGGUCGUGAUGAGGAGAAAGAAACAGAAAAGUCAGUGGACGUUUGAUGAAAGUCGUCUGCUUGUAAUGCAGCAUCCUAUAUACAGGGUGUUCUACGUUUCCCACGACUCGCAGGACCUGAAGAUCUGGAGCUACAUCGCGCGUGACGGCCCCUCCAACGUCUUCAAGUGCAAUGUCUUCAAGGCUUACAAGAAGAGCCAGGCUAUGCGGAUAGUGAGGACGAUCGGCCAAGCAUUCGAGGUGUGUCACAAACUGACGAUUAGCAACCCACCACAUGGGGAGGACAGUAACAAUGAGAAGUCACCCGGAAACAGCGAGAAACAUGUCACAGAAAACUUGGAUGCAAAGGAAAAGCAGGAAAAAGAGCUGAAUAAGAAAGAAGAGGAGACAACUCUGAAUAACAAGGUGACGCCACCCACUGAUCUUGCGCUCAAACAAGCUCAGAAGUUGCUCCAGUCCAUGGGAGCCGGUACACCCACUCCCGGCGGCGGCACAACAAUCUCCUCUCCUCUCGGCUCUCCUGUUAUCCUCGGUGACUACGCUCAGGAAUCCCAGCUCCCGCUGAGUGCCCACCACCAGAUGCAGUUGCUGCGACAACAGCUAGAGCAGCAGCAGCACCAGACACAGGUGGCCAUCGCGCAGGUCCACCUCCUCAAGGAUCAGCUGUCAGCAGAGACAGCAGCGCGGAUAGAGGCUCAGGCUCGUGCUCAUCAGUUGUUAAUGCAUAAUCGCGACCUUCUGGAUCAUGUGACGCAGCUGGUGGUCAGGAUACAAGAUCUUGAGAUCAAGGUCAACGGAAUAUCCUCAAACUCGGAUGUUCUUUUUCAUACCCCACCUCAGGUCCCGAUACUGCCCGACCCAUCGACCCCUCGCCCAGGCCCUGUGUACCUCCCAGAGUUCCGCGAGGUGGACAGUUCGUACUUACAGUCGGUGUCGGACAACGCCAUGUUUGAGAACACCAAGGCCAGCCUGGACACCGAGUCUCCGGACAGCGGUCACCGCGAGAUGUCUUGCGACAGUCUCUCCUACAACCUCACGCAGGCCGAGUCCAAUGGCUGGUGCGCUUCCUACGGGAACGCUGUAGCGUCAAGCACACCAUGCAACGGAAACCCGUUCAGACAUUCGUACACGAGCAGUGACGAUGUGGGUUCAAGUAAGAAACAACGUAACGACGAUAACAUCAACAUCAUCACGCCGUGCCCGCCACAAGAUGCUAGUGGGAACAGACUGGAGCUGAAGAUCAACCUCAAUGCAAAUUCGACCCCCACGCCAAAAAUCGACCCCCCGCCGAAAUUCCGACGGACUCCGCGAGUUGGUAAUGGCUCCCAGGACCGCGACUCCCUGGUAAACAUCCCAUCAGACAGCGACUACUACUCAACGUACGCCAGCAGCGGGACCGGGACCGGACAGAAAACAUCAUCGUCGUGCGGUGGCCGAAAUAUGGCCGCGAUGACCGACGGCUAUCUGUCGCACUCUGGUCCUAGCGUGAUGCCGGCACAGAAGGUGGCCGUGAUGGACAGUUCUCAUUACUUGGACAACAACAACCGAGAUUCCAUGUGUGGCUCUCUACUUCGGAACAAGCUGGGCAUGUUCGUCAACGACUUGAGCCACGGGGGCGCCAGCAAGCAGCAACAGCAACAGCAGUUCCCUGUGAACAGCAAGUGGCACACCCGCAUGAGCUACACAUCGGACGACGCCAGCGACAACUCUGAGGAGUCGAACACAGCCUCCCAGCCCAGUCACCAACGACUCGACGCAAUGACCAUCGAGGAGUUUGAGGCACUCGGCAGUUAAUGUUGAUAAACUGUGACGUGCGAAAUCUAUUUUUAUAAUCAUUCACAUGACGGCUUGAAUUGGGUUUUCUAAAGUUAAUCACAACUUAUGGUGGGUUAGAGUUUGUGAAUUUGAGGAACCAUGUUGAAUUUAUACUGGGUAUUCUAAAAUUAAUCACAACUUAUGGUGGGUUUGAGUUUGUGACUGUGAAUUUGAGGAACCAUGUUGAAUUUAUACUGGGUUUUCUAAAGUUAAUCACAACUUAUGGUGGGUUUGAGUUUGUGAAUUUGAGGAACCAUGUUGAAUUUAUACUGGGUUUUCUAAAAUUAAUCACAACUUAUGGUGGGUUUGAGUUUGUGAAUUUGAGGAACCAUGUUGAAUUUAUACUGGGUUUUCUAAAGUUAAUCACAACUUAUGGUGGGUUUGAGUUUGUGAUUUUGAGGAACCACGUUGAGAUUAAUAAUUUCUGGGAUGCAUUGUUUGUAGUUGAUUAUUGUGCAAAUGUCACAAAUAUUUGUUACUGCAGUCACAGUGUUGUGUUGUAAAAUGUAAACAGACUGCAUCUGUUUUAAACACAAUACAGUGAAACCUGUCUAAACCUGUCUGAACAAACCAUAAACCUGUCUAAACCGGCUAAGUUUCAUUGUCUUGAAUUUUCUAAAUUCUACAACGCAACCUUCCGAACAGCAGAUCCUGUCUACAUGAGAUAAAUAUUAGGUCCCUGGCGUGAUCCGGUUGAAACCAGUUUCGCUGUAUUAUUAUGUCAUGAUAUCACCAGUUUUAACUACCUACAACAUCUAGGUGUUUGUCAUGUAUCACUUAUACAGGUAGAAAUAUCCGGUUGAAACCAGUUUCGCGGUAUUAUUAUGUCAUGAUAUCACCAGUUUGAACUACCUACAACAUCUAGGUGUUUGCCAUGUAUCACUUAUACAGGUAGAAAUAUCCGGUUGAAACCAGUUUCGCUGUAUUAUUAUGUCAUGAUAUCACCAGUUUGAACUACCUACAACAUCUAGGUGUUUGUCAUGUAUCACUUAUACAGGUAGAAAUAUCUCUCUACAAAUUAACUAACAUAAAUGUAUUGUUAAAGCAGGUGCAUGGCUAUACUAUGAGUUACACAGAUUUUCCACACAGUUCUUUUAGGAUUCUUCUUCUGUAAAAUUGAACUAGAAAAUCUUAUACAUAUUUUUUUUUUAAUCAUCCGAUUCAUUAGGCCAUGCAAAUUUACAUUCUGUUUCAGUAUUAAGUUUUUUUAUUCCUUGCACAUUUUGAUCAAAUGACACAUUGAGCCAAAUUUACAAAGCCUGUUUUAGACUUACAUGCGUGUAAUUACGUACACCUGCGUUUAAGAACAACAGGCUUCUUAAAUUUGGUGCAUUAUGUGUAACGUUUUUUAAUAUAACAAAAUGAUAAUGGGGUAGAUCUGUGUGGCAUAAAACCUUUGACAACCUUCAAAUACACAGCUCAAGUCUUCUCCAGUGUCAGAGUGACGGCUUUCAUAAUUGUAACAUCUAUAUGUGUACACAGUUAUCUGCACCUAAAUGCCAUUCUUAUCAUACUGACAAAGUUAUUGUAAUGGCCACAGUUACCUGCACCUAAUUUUCAUCUUUAGGGUAGUGACAGUAGACCUACCUUCUUAUUAUCCACAUAUUAUAACAUUGUAAUGUUAUAUCGGGUUGACUGUAUCCCCAUGUACACUAACAUUACAAUGUUAUAUCUGGUUGACUGUAUCCCCACGUACACUAACAUUACAAUGUUAUAUCUGGUUGACUGUAUCCCCACGUAAACUAACAUUACAAUGUUAUAUCGGGUUGACUGUAUCCCCACGUACACUAACAUUACAAUGUUAUAUCUGGUUGACUGUAUCCCCACGUACACUAACAUUACAAUGUUAUAUCUGGUUGACUGUAUCCCCACGUACACUAACAUUACAAUGUUAUAUCGGGUUGACUGUAUCCCCACGUACACUAACAUUACAAUGUUAUAUCUGGUUGACUGUAUCCCCAGGUACACUAACAUUGUGUUAUAGAAUAAUGUUACACAUAACACUACAAUGUUACAUCUGGUUGAUUUCUUCCCCAACUACCUAACAUGUUAUAGAAUAAUGUUACACAUAACACUACAAUGUUACAUCUGGUUGAUUUCUUCCCCAACUACCUAACAUUAUGUGAUAGAAUAUUUGCAGCAUUCAAGAAACAAACAAAUGAAGAAGUACUCAUUAAUAUAUGUGAUGACAUAUGACUUUAUUUAGUGUCAUAUCUUAGUUCUUCAAUACUCAAAGUGAAAGUGGGGUCAGUCUGCUAUAAAUCUGAAUACAAAGUCAUUAUCUGCAAUUAAAACCAUAUCUCUGCACAAUGCAGAGUCAAAGGAGUAUUUGGUAAAAUAGUGGUUGAUUCCAGGAAUCUCUAUCUAGUGCCUCGCCACUCCCGAGGAGAUCCUUUACUGAAGAUUUCAUCCUUCCUGCACUGCUCAAAAGAGGACUGCCACUCCCAAACUAAUUAAAUACAAAACUAGUAGAGGACAGAGUUCAUUAGAAUAAAUAUAGUUGUGAUGAUGUCACUCAUGAAUCACUGUCAAAACAGUGAUGAUAUCAGGUGUCGGAGAAAGCUGAGCAUAUCCUGUCCCACCGGUGGCACCUGUGAUGAGUACUGCCACCACAGCUGUGAAACAACCUGUAAGACAUAAUUAUGGUAGGUGUCAACCUGUAACUGCUCCCGUCUGCGAGUAGAUUAACAAUUCAGGUGAUGUUCUCAGAGAUCAGUUUUAUACUGAUUAACACGUUGCAUUUUCAUUUUCACAAAUUUAAUGACAUACCAACUUUCGGUGAUCUGCUUUCGUAAACUAUAUCUGCUUUCGUCCAUCAAUGAGAUCACUUUUGUGAAAAUGAUUGCAACCAUGUCUGAUGAGACGCCUACCAAGUUCAUUAUUGCAGUUCUUUUAUCCCUUUUCUUUCUCUCCUUUGAAAUCCAGCAGAUGUCUUCUCAAUCUGGCAGCUCUUCCUAUCGUUUCAACUUUAGUCACUGUCCAUCUCCACAUCCAUGUCCUUGUCUCUUCAACUGAAACAGGUAUCUUGUGGCCAUCCCUGCCACAUACCUGCCAUUUCCUAUAAGCUGUAGGUGUGGGUUUAGUGUGAACACUUUCUGAAGCGGUACCUUCUGGCAUUGUUAAGAGGCACUGGGAACCACUUGCUAUACUCACCUACUACCAGCAGUUGUUAGUGUAGUGGCUAAGAUCAGCUUUAUUACCAGGUGGGUGCAGUAUACACUUAUACUAACUGUUAAGAACUGAAGAUCAGGCUGUGUAAAUCGGACUUCGAACAGUUUGUAAUAGCUUGAGUGCAGACAAAAUGUUUUACAUGUACAUGUAUAAGCAUGAGCCAGAGCUUCACAUUAACCAGGAUUGAAGCCAUCACAGUCAGACAUGUAAAAUGAUAAGACUGAUGGAUUGAUGGAUAGGUGUUCUUCCCACCAAGUCAUUUUACAUUUUAUUAGAAAUGUGAAAUGUUCAAUGAAUGCUCGGAAUGACUUGGGUGUCAAAUAAUAAUUUGAAAUGAAAUCCUGCUUUUGUAAAUAUACCAUACAGACUGAAUCACUACGAUAUAACACGGCUCAAUCCCUCCAGGUUAUUUGCUCGUUAUAGUUUAUUUUUACAAAUUAGUGUUACCACAAUGUAAAUAUUUAUUACUCAUAGUUUAAUGUACAACCUUUGUGUUUUAACAUUUAGUUCAUAAUAACUACGUUUUACAGAGUACAAAUUGUAAAUAAAUAUUAAUAUACACAUGCAAGCAGUUUGCUGUUUUACAAGUGUAAGGUGUAAAUAAAUGUUGAUACACAUGCAGAACGUUUGGUACAUUUUGUGGGUUGCAGACCAUGUUUUGUGUAUAGCUGUGUUUCUAGCAGUAUAUUCUAACUUGCAAGUUAGUUAAAUAGCACCUGUUACUAAUGGUUUUAUACCUGUUGCUAAUGAUAUUAUACCUAUUCAUAUAUUAAUGGUAUUCUACCCAUUAAAAGUGGUAUUAUACCUGUUUGCUUUGGUAAUAUAACCUUUCAUAAUGGUAUUAUGCCUUUUCAUUAAUUAGUGGUAUUUUACCUGUUAAAAAUGGUAUUCUACCUAUUCACAGUGGUAUUAUAACCAUUCAUAGUGGUAUUAUACCUUAAUUAAUGGUAUUCCACCUGUUAAAAUGGUGUUAUACCUUUCACAGUGGUAAUAUAACAUUUCAUAAUGGUAUUACAUCUGUUCAUGUUGAUAUUAUUCUUGUUCAUAAUGGUAUUAAACAUGUUCAUAAUUGUGUUAUACCAAUCUGCAAUGGCAUUAUGGCUGUUUCUAAUUGUAAUAUAUCUGGUAUAAAACCUGCUCUUAGUGAUAUUUAUUACAUAUGUCCAUAAUGACAUUAUUCCACUUUAUAUCGUCUUCAGUACUUGCAAAAUCAAGACAAGCUGAAGAUCACACUCCUGAAAUGGUUCCAGGUGAGGGAUCACUUGAAGUUUCCAAUCAAAUGUCUUGAAACGUUUACUAUGGUUCCAGGUGAGUGAUCACGUCAAGUUUCCAAUCAAAUGUCUUGAAACGUUUACUAUGGUUCCAGGUGAUGGAUCACUUGAAGUUUCCAAUCAAAUGUCUUGAAACAUUUACUAUGGUAAGUGUUGAGAGUACUGUGUGGAGAGGAACGUGACUGGUCACUCUCCUAAAACGUUACCGGGCAAGUGUUGAGAGUACUGUAUGGAGAGGAACGUGACUGGUCACUCGCCUAAAGCGUUACCGGGCAAGUGUUGAGAGUACUGUAUGGAGAGGAACGUGACUGGUCACUCACCUAAAGCGUUACCGGGCAAGUGUUGAGAAUACUGUAUGGAGAGGAACGUGACUGGUCACUCGCCUAAAGCGUUACCGGGCAAGUGUUGAGAGUACUGUGUGGAGAGGAACGUGACUGGUCACUCGCCUAAAGCGUUACCAGGCAAGUGUUGAGAAUACUGUGUGGAGAGGAACGUGACUGGUCACUCGCCUAAAGUGUUACCAGGCAAGUGUUGAGAGUACUGUUUGGAGAGGAAUGUCACUGGUCACUCACCUAAAACGUUACCAGGCAAGUGUUGAGAGUACUGUAUGGAGAGGAACGUCACUGGUCACUCACCUAAAACGUUACCAGGCAAGUGUUGAGAGUACUGUGUGGAGAGGAACGUCACUGGUCACUCACCUAAAACGUUACCAGGCAAGUGUUGAGAGUACUGUGUGGAGAGGAACGUCACUGGUCACUCGCCUUUAAUGUGAAACACUUGCAUCCUCAAAGUCGUCAUUGUUGUAUAAAACGUUUGUUUAAUAAAUAUUUAAACUUUUCACAGAAAGUUAGCAAAUAAUAUAUUAUAUUGUAUAAUGAGUUUAAAGCAAAACGACAAAACUGUAAUCUCUGAUCAAAAUCGUAUCCCUACACAAAACAGAGUUGAAAGGAUGUUAAUGAACAUGAUGGUAUAAAUAUUGCAAAUGUUAACCUAGCAGACUACGUUUUCAUUUCAAAUAUAUCGACUUCCAGUUUAACUGUUUUGCUUCAUGAUUCUCAUUAUGUGCUACAAAAAUACUUGACAAAUGGUGCUACUGUUGUUAUUUAGAUCUUUAUUUUACGAUGUGUUAACUGUUAGCGUUUUCUUGCAUGUCAGGUUAGAUCAAGUGUUAGACACUCAAUGUUUCAAAUCUUUCAGUCUCCAUUGUUAACAUGGUUUUGUAUGCAUAGCUAACAUACAGGAGAACGUGAAAUCCUGUUUGGAAUAAAUGAUUGAAUUUC